UCGAAAUCGAUCAAAUGACUCAUCAGGUAUUGAGCCACAUUUAAAAUCGUAUAAAUCAUAGCACGAAAGUGUUCUCGAUGCAGAUCUAUUUUUUAAUGAGACAAGAAAAAUUUAAUUGGCUCUCAAAAAUGCGCAGGGAAAUUUGUAAAUCGAACAAUGGUAUUUUUACUUUUAAAUAAUCGAAGUUUUUAAUGUAAUUAUAAGUGGCCAGUGUCUUAUACAUAAAAACUUUUUUUCGCAAAACUUUCUGAGUGGCCUGGUUACAUCUUCCUGUUAAAUUGAUUUUUGGUAAUUAAUAGGUAAGUACUGGUAAGUACCUACUAUCUCAAAUUUAUACUAUGCUUUGAUGUACUUACAUUUUUUAUCUAAGGAAAAUAAAGCAGUUUAAUGCUUAAAAUAAAAAUAUUAUAAAUUAUCUCGUUACAUUUUGCUAGAAGUUGACUUAAUCCGGGUCCUUCGUUCUUCAAAAAGCUUUAAGUAUCUGUUUGACAGCAGUGGAAAUUUUGAUACCUACAUGUAAAAAUAUAAAAACAUAUAAAACUGUAACCCCCAUAUUAAUAACUAAGGAAUAAUCUUAGACUAGUUACGUCGUGUUUUGUUCAUAUCAUUCAAAAGUCAUUUGUAAUUCAAUGAAAAGAGACAAAUUAUGGAGUAACUAAUCCAAGUUCAUUCUUCAUAUAUAUUAAUAAGGGGGUGAAAUUUUAAUAUUAAACUUCAUUACUGUUUAAAAACAUUAUAAAGUAACUUUUUUAAUUAACACGAAACAUUGCGUGUGACCUCGUAACAAAAUAAUAAACUUUUUAAAUUAAUCUCCUCUUUUUAUUGAGUUUUAUUUAUGAAAUUUGUGUUACGGCCAGCUCUUCAACUUAGCUUUUUAUUAUACUGCAGGGUCGCGGUCUCGAAAAAGACAAAGGAUGCAGCUCGUUUAUGGAAACAGCGCUGGGGUUUCUACAGUCGGCUUCGGGAAAUACUAGAAGAAGAAGCCCAGAGAAGCGGGAUGAAUUUGGAGGAAUACCGCGAAGCCUUGCAAUCGGUGAGCUGCCAACCAGAGCCACAGGUGUACCCGGUGGAGGUCGAUCCGUCUCCGAAAACACUGCCUCGUACAUCUGCAGGUGUAGUGGGCCACAGGGCACGGUGCCCGCUAGAGCGAUACGGGCGGCUGGUAAAGACUGAUCGAGAUUAUCCCAUCAGGCCGCCGCCGCGCAAAACGCAGAUCUACGACCCCUUCAAGCAGACCAUGGUAUUCUUAGGGUAACUGGUCCAACUUUAAAGGACAUUGUUCAGCGUCCAUACAUAGUUAGCCUAAGAACCAACAAUCAUGAAAUAUUAUUUUCUAGGUGCAAAAUCGUAAGUAAAUGACUGUAAAAACAAAGAUUAUUGACGGACACUUCUGAGAACUUCAAUUAUUAGGAAAACUAACAUUUUUUUGAGGUUAUGUUUAAUAUUCAAUGAAACAUAGGUCAACCUAUGAAUUCAGUAUGAACUCAGUAUGAAGUGAAUUAAUAUUACAACUAAUUCAUUUUAUUCGGUGCGAUUUUAAAGAAUGACUAUUAUGAAAAACUUGGUUAGGUAGGAAUCAUGAAUAAAAUAAAAACUGUAGUUUUGCUUCUUAUUUAUUGACUAUUUUUCAUAUAAUUGUAUCAUAUUGUUUAUUGUAAUUAUUUGUAUAUCACAUGUAUAUUAUGUAAAUAUGCAGCGUGAAUGUGUAUCAGGUGUUCUUCAAUAAUUUGGCAGUAUGAUCCUCUCAGGAUAUUGUGGUUGUGGCACAGGUUCACUAGCACUUGGUAAUAAGGGCACUGCUCUUUGGUAACAUCGAUGGCAUAUUAGAUAGCCGAAAUAGUUAAAUUAAAGGAAAAACAAUCGCAAAUAAACACACACAACAGGUAAUCCGAAACGAGAAUGCACUUUCCGGUUUAAUAUACUACUCUUUGGAAUGCACGAAUGCCACAGAUUACUACAAAUGCAAACUGCAUGCACCACAACCACGGAAUAACUUCACUUGACAACAGUUUGUCCUUGUCAUGCUUAAUAAGGAAUGAAAAGGACAGACUGAUGUCAUGUUUUAAAAUAGCAAAUACGAAUAGCCAAGUGAAGUGCCGGCAUUAGAAAGAAAGAGUGUUUUGUUUGCAGCGCUGCCAUAGAUUAUACACAUAAAAUGGUAUUUAUUGUCUCAGAUUAUUUUUUAACUUUUUAAUUUAGCUUACUUAACUGGAAGUGUCCGUGACAAUCUAAAUACUGAUAAUUAUCGCAAAAAAUAUACUAAGAAUUAUCAUAAAUGCCAAAUUGGUGUUGAUUCUUAGGCCAAUUUUAACAUUGUCCUUUAGAGUACUUACCGACAAAGGAAUUUUAAAUAGGGGAGUGUGAUUUCGCAGUUCAUGAAACUAUUUAAUAAGUAUGUUUAAUAUGCGAUUUUUUAUUCCAAUGAGACUUAUAAAUGCCUGAACAAUAUUGAGUGUUAUAAAUCACGAAGGGGAGUAGGGGGCGAACAGUAAUUAACAUUUUAACCGGCCCAAAUGUCAACCUCACCUGCACGCGUCAUACUGACGGCGACAAUUCUGUCGUCGUAGUGCUUUCUGCUAGAUAACUGACGAGACUCUGACGACCGAGCACUGGCGGUAUAACCACACCCACGACCGAGCAACCGAUCGGAAGAGGCCUCAGCGACCUUGAGGCCCAAACAACCUGAAAAAUGUUAGUAGUGGUAAAUGUAGUAGUUUUAAACUACUACACUACAUUUCCCACUGAAAGUCGUCAUGAAGGUAAAAAAUACGAAAAAAAGGUGGCCCUACGAAAAGGUGGCCCAACGUUACGCUUAGCAGCCGGCAGCCGUUCUGUGUCCGGGGCAGACGGUGUGAAAUUGACUACCAGCUAUGAUGGUGUAGGAGACCAGGCAACAUAUGGAAAUCAAACUACAGGAAUCUCUUCUACAGUGAAGAUACGACAAAUCCAAAAGAUACGUGGAAUGUGCGCGGUCUGCUUCAACCUGACAAGCAUGACAUUCUAGAAAAAGAAAUAGAGCGAUGUGAUAUAAGCGUUUGUGGAUUAAGCGAGACCCAUGGGAAAGGUAAUGGCCACUUUAAAACUGAAUCGCACAUUGUCUACUUCUCUGGGAACAACGACAACAGCCGCAACGUCGUAGCCUUUGUCCUACCUAAUAAAACCAAUAACUGUGUAAUGGUAUAUGAAACUGUAAGCGAUUGCGUGCUGAUUAUUAGACUGAAAGCGAAGCCGCUCAAUUUGAACAUUAUACAGUUAUACGCACCAACUAGGGUAGUGGCACCAAAACAUAAAUGACCCCAAUAGAUGAAAGUUCGACCGAAAUUUAAAGAUAUUAAAAAAUCUGCCGCUUACUUUUAUGCUAUAUUUUUUUAUGUAAUAAUAUGGCAACACUUUUUCUGCUCGACUCCAUGAAAAUAUUGAUAUUACCGUCAACGACGCGCUCACGGUCGCGCGCUGCGCAAACUCUUCCCGCCAAUAAUCAGUUUUCUAUGGAAACCUACUUAAGGAGUGUAGACGGAGAUCCGAUAUCGUAUAAGCUGCCCCCGGCGCGUUCCGAGGUGACGGAGGAAAUGUGGGCGCGGCCGCACCAACUCGAAGUAAUGCCGCUCUGCAGAGACAAUCUAGAGAAGGCGUUGCAAUAAAAUAAAAAUCAUCCAUCAGUAAAUAAUAGGAUCUACAGGUUAAUUAUGUUAAAAAGAUCAUUAGUAUACGCGAAAAAAAACAAUGGACUGAUUACACUUCCUUGUAAUACACCUAAUUUAUUUGGUGCUAGUUCUGACCUAUAAAUAGAUGUGGUUCGAUUUACAUCCAGUUGAGUGAUUUUCAACACUUUGUGUUAUAUCCUGUUAUCCUAGUAGGAUUUCAUCCAUCUUAAAGGAGCGCCUAAUUCUCACGCGUUCUAAUUAGGAGAUCAAUCGAUCAUGAUCAGUAUGUUGUGUAGCUUUUCUUAUUCACAUUUUGUUAUAUCUCAUUAGCGUGUUAGUGAUAUUUUUUUAAACUACAUCAGUUCUUGCAUAUAUUGAUUUUAAGUUAGUCAACUUAAAUUUAUCAAAAAACAUAGUUAUCUGAAUUAUGCAUUACAUUUUCGAAAAUUUUAGAAAACAGUAUAAGUGUGACUGAUCUAUAAUUACUUACAUCACUUUUUUCGCCUUUGUUGUGCAGUGGUUUCACAAUAAAAACUCAUAAUAUUUCCGGAGCUCAUCUUUGCAUUGCUUUAUUACCGUAUUACAUAGUAUUGUAUGUACUUAAUUACCAAUAAAUUGAAACCGACGAAAAAACUGAAUGCAAAUUAAUAA